AUGGUUUUGGGUGACGGGGAUUUGAGGCUUUAUCUGGAUAACUAUCAGCAUAAAGAGCAAUUUCACCAAGAUGACAGGUGGUCCAAGGAUCAUUAUGAUCGAAAGAAAAGACAAGCGGAGUGGGAUUUUAGUAAAGACAGUUUCUUCUGUGAUGUACCAGGUGACAGCUAUUCCCGAAUCGUAUUUGCCUCUGCAGAGGGAAAGAACUUGUGGAAUAUACAGGCAAUAAAAUCCAUGUGCAAUUUUGACAAUACACGGGUUCGCUCCCAUCCCCAGUACUUGGAUCUGUGUCAGCGCACCACUGCUGCCUCCUGCUGUCCCAGCUGGACGCUUGGGAACUACAUAGCCAUGCUUACUAACAAGUCCUCCUGUCAAAAGAUCUCAGAGCGAGAUGUUUCCCACACCCUGAAGAUCCUGCGGUCCUGUGCAAAGUAUUACCACAACGGCACUCUUGGUCCCGAGUGCUGGGACAUGACGACCCGUAAGAAGGACCUCAAGUGUGGCAACGUGCCACGGAAGUGUACAAAAUACAAUGCCAUAUAUCAGAUUUUUCACUUUUUGGUGGACAAAGACUUUCUGAAUCCAAAGAACACGGACUACCUUCCGCCUAACCUCAAGUGCAGCAUGCUCUUCUCCCCAACGGAGAAAGGUGAAACAAUGAUGAACAUUUACUUGGACAACUUUGAGAACUGGAACUCCUCGGAUGGGAUCACGACCAUCACAGGAAUAGAAUUUGGCAUCAAACACAACUUAUUUCAGGACUACCUUCUGACGGAUACCAUGUAUCCAGCAAUAGCUAUUGUUAUUGUGUUGGUGGUCAUGUGCAUCUACACAAGAUCAAUGUUCAUCACCCUUAUGACAAUGUUUGCCAUUAUCAGUUCGCUGAUCGUCUCGUACUUCCUGUACCGUGUAGUCUUCAACUUUGAUUUCUUCCCCUUCAUGAACCUCACCGCGCUCAUCAUACUGGUUGGAAUUGGCGCCGACGAUGCAUUUGUGCUCUGCGAUGUCUGGAACUACACAAAGUUUGACAAACCCAAUUCCGAACUCUCUGAAACAGUCGGCGUCACGCUUCAGCACGCGGCACUCUCAAUGUUUGUCACCAGCUUUACCACAGCCGCUGCCUUCUAUGCCAACUACGUGAGCAACAUCACUGCCAUCCGAUGCUUUGGUGUGUAUGCUGGUACUGCUAUCCUGGUUAACUACAUACUGAUGGUCACCUGGUUGCCAGCUGUGGUGGUCCUACAUGAGCGGUACCUGGUCAACCUCUUAACAUGUUCUCGGUCACAACACCACCAGACGGAGGGUGCUACAACGUUUUGGACAAGCCUGUACCAGAUGGUCAACAAGUGUCUUUUUAGCAUUUCAGAGGCCUGUCGGAUUUUCUUUGAGAAAGUUUUGCCUUGCAUCGUGAUCAAGUUGCGCUACUUGUGGCUCUUGUGGUUCUUGGCGAUGAUGGUGGGUGGUGCAUACGUUGUUUGCGUAAAUCCCAAGAUGAAACUGCCUUCUCUGGAGCUGUCGGAGUUUCAGGUUUUCCGCUCUUCCCAUCCCUUUGAACGCUACGAUGCGGAGUACAAAAAACUCUUCAUGUUUGAACGGGUCAACCACGGGGAAGACCUCCACAUGCCAAUCACCAUCAUUUGGGGAGUUACUCCAGUUGACAGCGGAGAUCCGCUAAACCCCAAAAAUAAGGGUAAACUAACACUUGACACAACCUUCAACAUUGCGAGUCCUGCAAGUCAGGUAUGGAUUCUCAAUUUUUGCCAGAAGCUUAGGAACCAGAGCUUCGUGUUCCAGUCUGAGGAGCAAGACUUCACAAGCUGCUUCAUGGAGACUUUCAAGCAAUGGAUGGAAAACCAAGACUGUGACGAGGCUUCCGUCUAUCCCUGUUGUAGUCAAUCCACAUUCCCUUACCGACAAGACGUCUUUGAGUUGUGUAUCAAACGGGCAAUUAUGGAGCUUGACCGAAGCACCAUCUACCACCUUGACAGCAAGACUCCAGGGCCAAGGUUUGACAUCAAUGACACAAUUCGAGCAAUUGUGCUCGAGUUUCAAAGUACCUACCAUUUCACUCUGGCAUACGAGAAGAUGCAUCAGUUUUACAGAGAAGUGGAUGCUUGGAUUCAGGAGGAGCUGACUGAUGCUCCUGAAGGACUAAGCUAUGGAUGGUUUGUAAGCAACCUGGAGUUCUAUGACCUGCAGGACAGCCUAUCAGAUGGGACUCUUAUCGCUAUGGCACUGUCGGUGGUGGUGGCCUUCAGUGUUAUGCUCCUGACCACCUGGAAUAUCAUCAUCAGCCUCUAUGCCAUCAUAUCCAUUGCCGGAACCAUAUUUGUCACAGUUGGGUCGCUGGUGCUCUUGGGUUGGGAACUAAAUGUGCUCGAAUCAGUGACCAUCUCAGUUGCUGUAGGCCUCUCUGUGGACUUUGCUGUCCAUUAUGGAGUGGCGUACCGCCUUGCACCAGAACCGGACAGGGAAGGAAAGGUGCUAUUCUCCUUGAACAGAAUGGGCUCGGCUAUAGCGAUGGCAGCACUCACAACCUUUGUAGCCGGUGCGAUGAUGAUGCCAUCCACAGUUUUGGCCUACACUCAACUGGGCACGUUUUUGAUGCUAAUCAUGUGCAUUAGUUGGGCAUUUGCUACGUUUUUCUUUCAAUGCAUGUGUCGCUGUUUGGGACCUCAGGGCACCUGUGGACAGAUUCCUUUGCCAAAGAAACUCCAGUGCUAUGCCUUUUCAGAGCACACAUCUGAAAACCAAUCUAAUCCGAACCAAGGUAAACUCGGUGCUUGCUACACAACCAAGUACCAGAUAGAUAACGCAAGAAGUGAGGGUCGACACGAACACUAUGAGCUUGAGCCCUUGGCGUUGAAUGUCAGGAAUGAGGAAAAGGCCUCGGAUGAGGAACAGGAAGCAUGUACACAGUUGCACAAUGGCAUCACUUCUCAUCACUCAACCUUCAAAAGCUGCACCGACCCAGGAGAACCCAGUCCUGAGAUUGAAAAUGGCUUACCAGGCACAGAGCUUUCACAUCUUCAUCAAUUUGCGUACAGUACAAGGGGCGCCUGUGAGAACUCCAUGCAUCAGUAUAUGAGGGAGCGACAAAGGACUCCCUACCGUCCUUGCAGCCAAUCUCGAGAAACCCCAUGCCCUGGUAAACAGACCAAUCACUUACCUGUGGGUCAGAACCUUCGGUCCUCACGGGAUACAGUGCACACUCCCGCUGACUGCUACGUAAACUGUGGCCACUUCCAACAUUGCUCACAGAGCCAAACAUCAAGGCCAGCCCCUCACAGAUGUUUCCCUGGGGGCUACAGCAUGCACGCAGUGCAACUUUUGCAUCAGGCACUGUCGUCCGAUACUGCAGUGCACGACGGGUCCCACAUCAAUGUGUGUGGCCCCAAUUCACCUCUACCAGAGAGCCAGAACUUUCCAGCUCCUAUUCAGUUUCCAGAUGUUCAGCGCUGUGCUUUACCUGACACAACUCGGGUCUGUACUGUUAAUCACGAUACACAGAAGACAGGGGGCCUAGCAUUAAAUUCCCUGACCCCUCACAAAAUACCAUGGAACCAUAUAAAAACAAAAGUAAAUGGCACUUGUGUUUUGCUGCAGGACAGUCGUGAGAUUCGUGAAGCGAUUCCAGUGGUACGGGAAGGAAGUGUCAAAUGCAAUCUGAGUAACAAAGACAAUAAUGAAAGGGCAGAGCCUGUAUCUCCCAAAAAAAUUAACUGUUUUAAAAAGACUGUAAAAGCGAAGUGCAAUUCUGUAGAGUUUCACAAACCAAAAACCAGCGUGCCUACUAUUGCCGUUAAUUCAAAAGCCUCAUCUGAGAGUUUAUGCUAACAUUUAAAAUGAGAGCGUUAGAUUGAGAUAUCAGAACAUAUUGCCAUAUUAAGAUUUAGCACAGAAAAGCAACUGGUUGUUUCCUGACAGGAAAGAGUUUCUUGACAUUAUGUGCAUGGGAAUCCUGACAUGACGUCAAGGAAAACUUUUGUCUGAUUUAAGAGGACACUAUUUUGACCCACUGGCUGGUAUUUGUGACAUCUGUUUUAGAUAAUGUUUUUAAUGUCUGGCCACAGGCCAUCACUUUUUCAUGGGAACAGAAAAACAUAAUCAGAAUUAUUUUCCUGCACAUUUUAUAUGAACUUGUAUAUAUUUUAUGUAUGUGUGUUGUGUAUGUAUUUGAGUCAUGCACUUUUUUGUUGAUGCUGAUUUGAAUGUUUCGCUUAUAAAGUUUUUAAUACUUCACAAGCAAACUUCAAUAGUUUCUGUGAUGGUGAAUUGAAAGACUCAUUGUGCUUUCUUUCAAAGUCGUCUCCUUUUUUCCAGUUUCUUAGAUAAAAUCGCCUCUUCCUGCAGUGCGCAAACAUUUACAUUAGCCUCAGGACUUCAGGGAAAUUGAGUCAGUUUAUGUGACUUAACACAAAAGAAAAUGGUUUUUGUC